UACACCCCCCACGCCACCCCACCCCCGCACCCUCACUAGCAACUUACCACCAUUACAAGAAUACAACAUUGUAUGUAAUGUGUACAUUAUACAACAUUUGUUGAGCCUUAUAUUGAAAGGUACAGUUUUGUAGGCUUUCAUAUUUGUCUAAUAUUUACAGAUUGUCACAGUGACACAGUACCUACUAGAGGAUAAAGUUGAGUGAAUGACUAAGGGAAAACAAGAAAGGAAAUGGGGUGAGAGGGAAAUUAGCAGCUAGUUGGUUUUUGACAAUCAUAGCUGCUAAUUCAGGCUUUUGAGUUAUUCAGAUUUCUGUAAUCUUGGGUUGCCUGUUAGUACACUGGCAUUGAAACUUUUAAGUGAAAAGUAACUGUAGCUGCAGCUGUGGUUUUUGCUUGCAAGAGGCACAGAGCAGGGGCUUGGUAGUUUGUUUCUGUUACUGGUAAAAUCUCCAGCAUUUUGCAAGGAUUAAUCCAGUUGUUUUUUUGUUCUUUGCUGGAGUCAUGGCAACCUUGCCACAUUCCGACUCCAGGCGCAAGUAUUCUUGGUGGUGGGAUAGUCAUAUCCCGAAGAACUCCAAAUGGCUUCAAGAGAAUCUUACUGAAAUGGAUUCUAAAGUGAAGGCAAUGAUCAAGCUCAUUGAAGAAGAUGCCGAUUCUUUUGCGAGAAGGGCUGAAAUGUACUACAAGAAAAGGCCUGAGCUAAUGAAAUUAGUUGAGGAGUUCUACAGGGCAUACCGGGCUUUAGCUGAAAGAUAUGACCAUGUAUCAGGCGAGCUUAAGCAGGCUCAGAAAACCAUGUCAGAUGCAUUUCCCGACCAAGUACCCUUUCGUCUUGAAGAUUCGCCAGUGAAAUCUUCCGCACAGGCUGUAGAGCCAAAUAGUCCAGAAGUGUUGGGGUUACUGCUGUCGAGAAUGCAUGCUGUACAGAAGAGUGGUGAUGAUAAUGGAACAAGUGAGUGGGGUCUAAAACAAUUGCAUGAUAUGCUCGGGGCUGGAGAAGAAAUGCUAAAGAACUCGAAGUUCCUUGAAGGAACGUUAAAGAAAGGAGUGAACUGCAAUACAGAGGAAAAGGAACGAAGUUUGCAUUCUCAGGUAUCUGAAUUAUCAACUGAGAAUGAAAACCUCAAGGCCAAAGUUCUUGCUGAGUCAGAGCGUGCAGGUCAAGCUGAAGGUGAAGUUCAAAUUCUGAAAGAAGCCCUAGCUGGUUUGGAGGCAGAAAAAGAAACUACAUUCCUGCAAUAUCAGCAAUGCCUGGAAAAGUUGUCUGCUGUAGAAAGGGAUCUCAGUGCGGCACAAAAGGACUCCCUUAAGUUCAAUGAACGGGCCAGUGAAGCGGGAAAUGAAGCUCAGAAGUUGAAGGAAUCACUUAUCAAACUGGAGGCUGAAAAAGAUGCUGCUUUGAGCAAACACAAGGAGUAUUUGGAACGGAUAUCCAGGUUGGAGGAUAAGGCUUCUCAAGCACAUGAAGACACAAAAGGAGUAAAUGAGCGAGCAAUUAAGGCAGAAAGUGAAGCUCAGCAUCUGAGGAAUGAGAUCUGUAAAUUAGAGUCUGAAAAGGACUGUUGCUUUCAUCAGUACAAACAAUGCCUGGAAAAGAUAUCUGAACUGGAGAAAAAACUCUUGCUGUCUCAGGAAGAAUCUAGACUUCUAAAUGAGAAAGCUGAUAGAGCUGAAAGUGAGAUCAAGAAACUGAAAGGGCUUGUUAUGGAGCUAACUGAGGAGAAAGAAGCCUCAGUCCGUGAGUAUAAAAGCUGCCUGGUGAAAAUAUCCAAACUUGAGAAUGAACUAUCUUGUGCACAGCAGGAUGUAAAACGCCUUAAUGGUGAGCUUUCAGUGGGUGCUGCUAGGCUUAGAAAUGCCGAAGAGAAGUGUGUUCUGCUGGAGACAUCAAAUCAGUCGUUGCACUCUGAGGCAGAUAACUUGGCAAAGAAGAUAACUAUGAAAGAUAAAGAGCUUUGUCAGAAGCAAAAGGAGUUGGAGAAACUUCAAAGUGAUUUGCAAUAUGAGCACUUACGGCAUGCACAGAUUGAAGCCUCGCUUUUGGCUUUGCAAAACUUGCACUCUCAAUCUCAAGAGGAGCAGAAAACGCUGGCAUUGGAGCUCAAAAAUGGCCUUCAACUUUUGAAGGACAUGGAAACAAGCAAAAACAGUUUGGAAGAUGAACUUCGGAGAAUGAAGGAUGAAAAUCAAAGCCUGAGUGAACUGAAAUUGUCCUCAACCUUCUCACAGGAGAAUCUGGAAAAUGAAAUCCUUAGCCUGAGGAAGAUGAAAACGAGACUUGAAGCGGAGGUUGCUGAACAAGUGGGACUUAAUAACAACCUUCAGAAAGACAUUUCAUGUUUGGAGGAGGAAAUCAAGGACCUAAACAGGAGCUACCAGACUUUGGUGGAGCAAGUGAAGGGUGCAGGUUUAAACCCUGAGUGUAUUGAGUCUUCAAUAAAGAUCUUGCAGGAAGAAAGCUCAGAGCUGAGAACAAUCUCUGAGAAGGACAAAAAGGAGAAAGAAGUCCUCCACAAAAAGCUGGAGGACAUGGAUGAAAUUCUGAGGAAGAAGACUAUUUUGGAGAAUUCCCUCUCAGACGUCAAUGGCGAGUUGCAGGGAUCGCAGGAAAAGGUGAGAGCGCUUCAAGAGUCUUGCCAAAUUCUCAAUGGAGAAAAAUUGACCCUUGUUGCUGAGAAAGCUUCUUUGCUAUCUCAGUUGCAAAUUAUAACUGAUAGCAUGCAGAAACUCCUAGAGAAAAAUGCUGUUCUUGAGAACUCUCUUUUUGGUGCAAAAGUUGAACUUGAAGGUCUGAGGGAAAAAUCCAAGGGUUUAGAAGAAAUCUGCCAGUUGCUGAAGAAUGAGAAGUCCAAUCUUCUUGCUGAAAGGGGUAGCCUAGCGCUUCAGUUGGAAAAGGUUGAACAGAGACUAGAAUACCUGGAAUCAAGAUUUACAGGAUUGGAAGAAAAAUAUUCUUGCCUGGAGGAGGACAAAAAAGUAACCAGCUUAGAAGUAGAAGAACUGAGAGUUGCAGUUGGAAUGGAGAAACAAGAAAGGGCCAAACUUACUCAUCAGAGUGAGACCCGAUUACUUAGUAUGGAGAACCAUAUUCAUCUCCUACAAGAAGAAAGCAAGUGGAGGAAGAAAGAGUUUGAAGAGGGACUUGACAGCGCUGUGAAAGCCCAGUGUGAAAUUUUCAUCCUGCAGAAAUUCAUACAAGACAUGGAAGAAAAGAAUUACGCUUUAUUGGUUGAGUGUCAGAAACAUGUUGAGGCAUCAAAAUUGGCUGACAGGCUGAUUACAGAGUUAGAGAAUGAGAGCCUUGAGCAACAGGUAGAAGCAGAACUUUUGCUAGACGAAAUCGAGAGGUUGAGACUGGGGAUAUAUCGGGUUUUUAAGGCCCUUGAUAAUGAAUCUGAUAUGGUAUCUGAAGAUAAGGUGGAAAAUGAACAAAUAUUUCUGCAUCAGAUUUUGGGCAAUAUAGAGGAUUUAAAAUAUUCGCUCAGAGAAUGUGAGGAUGAUAAGCAGCAGGUGUUGGUUGAAAACUCUGUAGUCGUAACUUUACUUGCACAGCUGAAAUCAGAGGCCCUCGAACUUGAGUCGGUGAAGAAAUCUGUAGAGGAGGAGUUCAAUAUCAUGGCAGAUAAGCUUGUAACAGUGCAGGAAGACAAUCAGGAACUCCUAGAGAUGAAUAAGAAAUUGGGACUGGAAGUGAGCAAGGGCAGUCAACUAACAGCUGUACUGGAUGCAGAGGUUGGGAGUCUCUGUGUCAAGCACGAUCAGUUGCAGACAGCUUAUGUUGAAUUAAAAGAGAAAUACACUCAGGUUCUUGAGGAGAACAGAACUUUGUUGCAAAAGAUCACAGAGAUCAAGGAGGAGAAAUGGAUGGUGGAGCAGGAAAAUGAUACCUUUUUACUCGAUACACUAGCUCUUAGCAAUCUCUCUACAAUUUGGAUGAGUUUUGGUAGUGAGAAAUCAGCUGAGCUGAAGUCGGUAUGUAAAGAUAUGCACAAUCUUCUUGGUGUAAUCAGUGAGUUUGACAAGGAGAUGGGCAUAUUGAAGGAGAAGCUGGAAAUGAAGGAAACUGAAAACUUACUCCUGAAGGAAUCAGUUCAAAGGCUGGAAGAGGAGCUCCAUGAAGUCAGGGAAUCUAAUGAUCAUUUGAAGUUUGAACUUUCCACUGGAAAAGAAUUAAUUGAUAAGCAGGAAGCAGGACUCUUGGAAGCCAAACAGAAGCUUAUAGCAUCUGAGAAUUUGAACAUAGAAUUGUGUAGGACUCUGGAUGUGCUAAAAACUGACCGUCAAGAAUCCAUGCAGACAAAUGUAAUUCUAGAGAAGAAGGUACUUGAAAUAUCGAGUACAAAUACCACUCAAAACCAAGAACUUGAAGUCCUUCGAGAAGUGAAUAUGAACUUGGUAACUGAACUGGGUAAGUUGCAUGAAGAAAUUGAAGAGCAACGAGUGCGAGAAGAAUAUCUGAGUUCGGAGCUCGAAGAGAAAAACUAUGAGUUUGAACUAUGGGAGGCAGAGGCAGCUACCUUUUAUUUUGAUCUCCAGAUCUCCUCUGUUCGUGAAGUACUACUGGAAAACAAAAUGAAUGAGUUGACUGAGGCGUGCGAGACACUCGAGGAUAAAAAUGCUUCCAAAGAUUUGGAGAUUCAACAGAUGAAAGGAAAAAUGAUUUCGAAGGAAAGUGAAAUUGGAGAACUGAAGUCACAGUUACAUUCAUAUGCUCCUGUAAUUUCUUCUCUGAGGGAUGACAUUGUUUCACUUGAGCAGAACGCUCUGCGCCUCAUGAAACUUAAUCUAACUCGCUCACAGGAAUCAAAGUGUGUUGAAGUUGAGGUUCAUUCAGAUCGAAUUAGCUCACACAAGCCGACGGACGGUCAAUCUAUCAUGCCAAAAGGUGUUCUUGAUUUGCAGGAGCUGAGGACUAAGAUUAAAGCAGUUGAGAAAGUAGUGGAAGACCUGAACAAGCCUGUCUUGCAUCGACCUUUACACAUCAAGCCUUGUCGAGAUAGUUCUGCAAGUGAAAUUGAGGCAAUAAAAGCUCGACCCAGUUUGGAUCGAGAGAAACAUGAUCUUGCUGACCGUAAUCGACGGAAGACAAAACCCCUGUCCUUUGAAGUAAAAAACGGGACGCAAAUGAAAGAUAUACCACUUGAUCAUGUCUCUGAUAGCUCACCGGAAAGAAUUAGAAGAGCUAAUUCUGCAGCAGAGAGAGUAGAUGAUCAGAUGCUUGAGCUGUGGGAAACUGCAGAAGGAUGCAGCCUCAGUCGUAGCGUGAAAGAUGUGAAAGAUUUCAAGAAACGGGCAAAUCAUCCACCAGGGGGGCCUAUCGUGCACAACCAAUAUAGGAAUUUGGAGUGGAGGGGCAAACAUCCACCUACAGAAUCUGAAGUGGAGAAGGAGUUGGGUGUGGACAAGUUAGAGUUAUCAAUGAACUCAUCCGAGGCAAAUGAAGAAAUGAACAAGAAGAUUCUCCAGCGACUUGCUUCGGAUGCAGAGAAACUGAUGAGUCUUCAGUUGACUGUGGAUAGCCUGAGAAGAAAAUUGGAGGCAAACAGAAAGGCCAGAAAACCAAAAAAUGUUGAUUUUGAAACAGUUAAGGAGCAGCUACAAGAAAUUGAGGAAACAGUUGUACAGCUGGUGAAUUUGAAUAGCCAAUUGAUGAAGAGUACAGAGGAAAGCACAUCAUAUUCUCCAAGCAGUGGUUCAGCAGAGUCGAAAGAGGUCAUGAAUAUCCGUCAGAAGAGAGUUUCGGAACAGGCAAGAAAGGGGUCUGAGAAGAUUGGACGGUUGCAACUAGAGAUUCAGAAAAUUCAGUACAUUUUGCUGAAACUGGACGACGAAAAGAAAAGCGAAGUUAGUAGCAGAUUUUCCAGGAGCAGCACGGGCAUCAUUCUGAAAAACUUCAUCCAUAUUGGGAGGAGGAACAGUGAGAAGAAAAAGAAGGGUCGUAUGUGUUGCUUUAGACCUUCCAGUAGCAGUGGCAGCAACAAUGGCAGCAUCAGAUAUCGCGUCUAAUGAAACCUUUUCUUUCAGAUUCUGGUCGGAGGAUCAUUUCUUCUGUGUCAGACAGAAAAACUGAUCUUGUUUAGUUUUAGGGGAAGUGUUAAGAGUUAGGUUGGAUCUAAUCCAAAUAAGCUUGCUCAUGGCUCUACUAUUUUGAUUAUGUAGACUUUUAACUGCCUAAAGAAUUUUAGCAAUGCUUUGUGUUUUGUAAUUUUAACCUCUGAAACUCUCUUAAGUUAUCAGUUAUUUGUAUCUAAUGUAGGUGUUGAUGAA